CUGCUGUUCUAUUUACAGCACUGAGAAUAUUGCCUGGGCCAAAACCACAUUAUUGGUAUAUAAAUAUAUAUUGAAUAAACACAGGAAAGCGUGAAGGACAGGCACAUUGGGUGGUGACCUCAUGACAAAUCAGAGCCAUUUUUUCCCCCCAAGUUAGGAGUCCGCCUAGUGGUCAUGGCGGAGACAACAUUCAGGGAAAGGACACAGGAAGCAAGGGAAGAAACAGCCCCCCCCUGUUCUUAGGGGCUCUCAAUCCCCUGUCUGUAAAAGUUCUUGGAAUUGUUCCGGUCUGUGUAUUUUCUUCUCGGGGGAAGGGGGACCCCAGAUUCUCUGGGAGUCUGGGCCCCAAUCACUAACAAGAUCCUUUCUAGCUACCACAGUUCAUGGAUUCUUGCCCUAUCUCUCCCUCGAAUGCUCCCCCAAAUCCUGGAGGUCAGGAGAACCCCCACCCAGCAUUUCAGAGUCAUUGCUUCCAUCCCUAGACAUGGGCUCCUCGCUUCCCAGUGUUGGAAUGUUCCCCAGGUUGCUGACUGUGACCUUAGGCAAGUUGCUUGUCAUUUCCAAACCCCACUGUGCUCAUCUGUGAAUAGGAAGGGUCAUUCCCACCUCCUUAAAAGGGUUGUAAGGAUUAACACACGCCUGCAAAACGCUGACCACAAUUCGCGACCUAUAGCAGAAGCUCUGUAGGUGGCGGUUACCUCAGCUGGUCCGCUCUCUCUGCCCCUCCCCCUCCCCCUCCCCCUCCAGAGAGGGGAGCCUCCGUCUCCCAGAGCAGAGAAUGGAGUCUGCAGGGUUCUGGGAGCAGAUUAGUUUCGGGUGUCACUUAAUCCGGGAGGCCCUUCCGUAACCGUAACCGGAGACUUCACAGGGGCAGAGGUAGUAUAAAUCUGCAAGAAGGGGCCCAGCCCAGCUCUCAGAGGCUGCAGGAUGGACCAGGGUGCCUCAGCCAAGCUGCUGCUGCUGCUGUGGGCCAUCUGCUACGGACAUGCAACAGCCGACCCCCUGAGCGGCUACACGUCGGUCAUCGAGGCGGCCAACGGGGGACCCUGGGGCGACUGGGCCUGGCCUGAGAUGUGUCCCGAUGGAUUCUUCGCCAGCGGGUUCUCGCUCAAGGUGGAGCCCCCCCAAGGCAUUCCUGGCGACGACACUGCUUUGAACGGGAUCCGACUGCACUGCUCACGCGGGAACGCGGAGCGCAACACGCAGGUGGUGCAGUCCCAGUCCGGCAGGUGGGGCGCGUGGAGUGAGCCGCAGUGGUGUCCCGGCGGUGGCUUCCUCGUGGCUUUCUCGCUUCGCGCGGAGGCACCCAUGGCCCCCGGGGACAACACGGCGGCCAACAACUUGCGCUUCCGCUGCUCCGACGGCACGGAGCUGGAGGGGCCCGGCCUGGCCUGGGGCGACUUUGGAGAAUGGAGUAAGGCCUGCCCCAAAGGCGUGUGCGGUUUGCAGACCAAGGUCGAGCGGCCGCGGGGCCUCCGAGACGACACCGCCCUGAACGACGUGCGCUUUUUCUGCUGCCGGAGUUGACCGGGUCGCCCGCCCCGAAGCCAGUCCCACGUCUCGCUAUUAAAGCUUCUCCGUCUUGGC